AGGGGGCAACUUUCUUGCACUUGGAUCUGUUGCUACACAUAGCAGUGAUCUCAAAACACCAAUGUUCCCACGUUUUCGCUUGCACAUUAAUAAGUUACAGCCGAUUAAAAGUGUAAACUUUAGCGCUCCGGUCCAAGAGGUCACGUGAUUCGAGUUUCGCUGCUCAGCCAAUCAGAUCGCUUUAUUGUCAGCUGAGCGAGUUCGUCAGUUCAUCAUGGCCGCCACCGUGAGAUGUUGUAUGCAUCUGUUUACCGACGAACAAAGUCCAAUAGUAGCAUUUUCUGGUGCCAGUUGGCAGAAAUUUAUUGAAUGCUGCAAGUCCUGGAUAGAUCUGGACGGCAAGGAAAAAGAAAUAGCUCAGUCUUUUGCCCAUUUGACCGUUAUAUCGUCAAGACCUGCUGCGCUAGGAUACCACAGGAAGUGCUAUGCAAAAUACACAGACAGAACGAAACUUGCGAGAGCCCGCAAACGAGUGGAAGCCGAGAAAGCCAGAAGUCAGGAGGACUCCAAAAGGCCAGGCCCUGAACCAACACGCCAUGCUAACACCCGAUCUAAAGUACGACGUGUGGAAAGAGCGGAAGGGGAGUCUGCAUCAAAGUUGGCUGACAAACAGAGGAGGAGUGAACAUGUCCUGCCGAUGUCAUGCAUCAUAUGUAACAAGGACAAAUUAUAUCCAAGAUCCAGUUACAAGAAAAAGGCAGAGAGAAAAACUUUCACUUUGUGAAUACCAGAGUGGUGGCAAUUUAAUCAAGGCUGCAGAGGUCCGCAAUGAUGAAAGAAUCCUUCUACAGACACGAGGAAAAGAUGUUGUGGCGAUUGAAGUGCGGUACCACAGAUCGUGCUAUAAAUCCUACACUCGCUUACUGUCCAAAACAGGAACCUGUCAGGAACACGCAAGAGAUUAUUACGGAGCAGCAUUUGGAAAAUUUUGUGAGACUGUUAUAGAAGGUCGUAUCAUAAAAAAUAAUGAAAUAUUAAGAUUUACAAAACUUGCAUCCAUGUUUGUAGAUAUCAUCCAGGACACUAAAAAACUAGAUACAAAGCCUAGUGUUUCCUUUUCAUAUUUAAAGAAAAAACUUCAGUUGAAGUAUCCACUCCUUCAGUUUCUUAAACAAUCAAGGCGAGACAAAAGUGAGAUUGUCCUUGUGAACAGUAGUAAGUCAACACUAGGUGAUGAGUGGAGUUCUGCCAGUUCAAGUGCUAGCACUAGUAACAAUAAUGAUUACUCUGACAGGUCUGAAGGUGGUUGCUCACCAAUACCAGAAUUACCAGAACAAACUGUUGAAAAUCUGUAUAUGACUGGCCAGUAUAUACGGAUGCUCAUUAGUGAAACACAGGGUCUUCAGAAUAUUUGGCCUCCUACUGCCUGUGAUUUGAAUAUUCAGUCUGCUGAGAGAUUUGUCCCCCCACAGCUGUAUAAUCUUCUGGCAUGGAUUACAAAUGCUUCCAGUGAUAUCCCUAUUAGCUCAAGUGACUUUGUCUGUUGUAGUAAGGAGAUCCAUCUGAAGUUGCUUUCUUUAUGUCAGGAUAUCCUAUAUUUAGCAUCUAGGGGUUGCAAGCCUACUCCAAAACAUUUUGGCUUUGGGUCUGACCAUAAGGCACUGGACAGGUUCCUCUCAGUUGAUCCAGCUACUAAGUGGGUUUGGUCAUUGUGUCUCAUAUAGCUCUGUUCUAGAGCAUGACACAGCUCUAGCCACUCUAGAAUUACAGAGAAAAGAUUUUGUCCCAUCAGGCUUUAAGAAGCAAGUCCCUGCAACUCUUGUA